GUUUUUUAUUUUAAACUGCCAGGAGGUGAUUGUUUAAUAAAAUAAAGAAAUUUUAUAUGUGACGAUAAAACAAAAUCGACUAGUGUACCUCGUUCUAGUGUAUCAAAUGUAUUAUUAAUCGUAUAACAAAAACAUAACCUUAGAUAAAUCGAAGCAUAUAUUUUUAAGAGAAAAUUUCAAGUCGUUAGGAUGGCAGAUGUACGCGAUAUUCUAGAUAUUGACGUUCCAACGUCUACAGAACUUACGAAAGAGUCGAUAUUGGGUAGCGAUAAAAAGAAUCGUAAACGAUAUGAUUAUAACAAAAUGCCAAAACGUCCUGAGGGUAUGCACCGCGAGGUGUUUGCACUCCUCUGUAAGGACAACAACGACGUGCCACCGUUAUUUCCAACUGACACUGCGAAAGGAUACAAACAAGUAAGAGCCAAGCUUGGUAUGAAAAAGGUGAGACCAUGGAGAUGGACACCGUUCACUAAUCCAGCACGUACUGACGGUGCUGUAUUUCAUCAUUGGAGACGCGUUGCUGAUGCUGGAAAGGAAUAUCCUUUUGCCAAAUUUAAUAAGAAAGUUCCUAUUCCUACAUACACAAAUGCAGAAUACGUUCAACAUUUAGUGAGUAAUGCUUGGACACGAGCAGAAACGGAUCAUUUAUUUGAUCUAUGCAGAAGAUUUGAUCUCAGAUUUAUUAUUAUUAGAGACAGAUGGGAUCGUGCUAAAUUUCCUACAAGAUCUGUAGAAGAUUUAAAAGAGAGAUACUAUCAGGUAUGUGCUGCUUUGAUAAAGUCAAAAUCCCACUCAGACAAAGUAUAUGUCUUUGAUGCGGAUCAUGAGAAGCGGAGAAAGGAACAGCUCAAAAAGUUAUUUGAACGUACACCUGAGCAAGUUGAAGAGGAACAGACACUAUUAGCUGAACUACGUAAAAUUGAACAAAGAAAAAAAGAGAGGGACAGAAAAACACAAGAUUUGCAAAAAUUAAUUACAGCAGCUGAUCAUCAAGCAGAUCCUAGAAAAAGUGAGAGAAAAUCUUCCAAAAAGAGUAGCAGUUCUUCUAGAAAUAGACCAAAUAAAACUGAUACUUCUCACGCAGUGGAGUCAGCUGGAAUUAAAUUCCCCGAUUUUAAAAAUAGCGGUGUUACUCUUCGUUCUCAGAGAAUCAAAUUGCCAAGUAGUCUUGGCCAAAAGAAAAUGAAAGGCAUCGAACAGAUGUUGAAUGAACUCCGUUUAGAAUUAAAUCCACCACCAACGGAACAAAUAUGUCAGCAAUUUAAUGAACUGCGUAGCGACAUAGUUUUGCAUUAUGAAUUGAGAAGUGCAUUGUCGACAUGCGAUUAUGAAUUACAGUCUUUAAGACAUCAAUACGAAGCACUAGCACCAGGGAAGACUUUAACAAUACCACCGGCGCUCUUACCAAAAACAGAACCAGAAGUCAAAACGGACAUCAUCGACGUGGUAGGAUCGCCCAGUAUGCCCAGUGUUGCUCAUUAAUUCGAAAAAAAUACUUGUAUAAAAAAGGAAUUGAUCAAAUAUGCUUGUAAAUAUCGUUUCUUUAUUCAUCUUUAUUCAUCUAAUUUUUAUUAAGGAAAGUCAUCGAGUAUGUAUCAUUACGAUUUAUUAUAUUAUGAAGUAAUUUUUAUUUUGUACUAAAAAAAUAAACAAUUUAAUGUAAC